GUUAUUUCUUAAUUCUUAAUUCUUUCAUACUUGCAAAUCUUCACAUGGUCUCCUCCCGUCUGCGGGGUUGACGCAUCGGGCAAUUAGGGCUAAGGGCAUUGACCCAAGCCCUGCUUACCGCAUCAGGAGAUGCUGACGCGGAGCCUCCCGCAUGCCUUCCGCAAUAGCGUCAACUGUCACCAUCGCAGACGCCAGUGAAGAGAGCAAGAGAGCAAGAGAGAACAACCGGGAGACAGACCAAAAAGACGGUAGACAGACAAAGGAGUGCGCCUCUCACUCGCUGCCAUGACAUGAUUGACCCUCCGCGACAACUGAUUCUAUCCAUCCUGAGCGGAAUCCCCAACCAUGUAUCACCUCGCCAAGUCGCUGUACAUGUACGCCACGAGUAAAGAGGAAUACUCCGUCCUCCUCCUCGGCCUCGACAACGCCGGCAAAACCACCCUCCUCUCCCAGAUCAAAGCCCUCUACUCCCCCCCUCGCUCCGAUGGCAGCCUGCCGGCCUCCCUCCUCUCCACCAACAUCGGCAAGACCGUCCCGACCGUCGGCCAGAACGUCGCCACCAUCUCCCUGCGCGAUAUGUAUCUGAAGAUCUGGGACGUCGGCGGCCAGAUCUCCAUGCGCAACCUGUGGCAGAGCUACUACUCUAGCUGCCACGCCAUCAUUUUUGUCGUUGACAGCACCGACGUUGGCCAGGACCCCGACAUCACGCGGCUGCCGCAACGGCGCCGGUCGAGUAAUCCCGCCGGCAAUAAGACUGCCGCUGGGGGGGCGGCGGCGGCGGCGGAGGAGGAGGAGGAGGCGGAAGCGUGGGACAACGACGAUGGCGGCGCCAGCGACAACGACCUCGGGACCGCUUCUCCCACGGCGACGCGGUUUACAGCCGAGAGUGUCGGGAUCAACGCCCCCGGAAGCGACUUUGGGCGGUUGGACGAGUGUCGGCAGGUGCUGGAGUCGGUGCUGAAGCACGCGGACGUGGCCGGCGUGCCGAUCCUGGUGUUGGCCAACAAACAGGAUCGGGAGGACUCGGUUGAGGUGGUCCGCAUCAAGGAGGGGUUUGUACGGAAGGUGUUUGAGGGGGAGUCCGGGGCGGGUGUGCGCGAUAGUCGCGUGUUGCCGGUGAGUGCCUUGAUGGGGUCGGGGGUGCAGGAGGCGGUGGAAUGGGUGCAGAGUCGCGUGAAGUGGAAUAAGGAGGGUCGACCGCCGGUGAUGCGGUGAUGCGGUGAUGCUGCGAUGGUGACAAUGCGCUUGGGUGCAGCUUACCGCGUCUGCUUAUGCCUUAUUACCCACCGUCUGGAUUAUUUACUGGAUGCAUUCUGUGUUUUGUCGUUCGGCGUCUGGAGGGCAUUUAUUUUUUUAAAGAUACCUACCCUUAUUCUGUGCACUUUGUUUCAGUUGUCCUGAUUUGAUGCGAUGAUGAUACCUUCGAGUUCCUGUGUGCACACAUAUAUAUAUAUAUAUAUAUCCUAUAGCUUCGUUGCAUACCGCAGAUAGAGACAAAUUGAUCCUGUGUCCCUCCCCUCCGGAGGGAGGCUGCAGGAGCUCGCAUCAUC